CAUUUUUGUGUUGUUGUUACUUUAAAUUGAAUACAAAAUACCUUUUCUGUGAUACAAACUCUUUUGCAUAAAAAGUUUCCAAUGCCUGAAGCAGUAAAAGAAAUGCUCCAAAAUGGGCGCUCGUACGACGAGCCCGAUCGAAUACCAAGAAACAUAUCUGUUAGCAAUUUAGACUUGUUCAUGUAUGUGGUUGCUAUUGUCGGGCAUUUCGUGGAUUUGGGAGUCGAUGUCAAUGUUGCUGUAAGGUAUUAUCUAUCUAAAAUGAUGGCGGAAUUCGGGUGGACCUUAGGCUUUAUACUUUUGCCGGCUUUUGUCAACACAGCGGUCUCAAUACGCAUGUAUUCCCAGGAUAAGCAACAAGAUUCCAUAACAAACGAGUUUACUAAGAGAAAAUGGCUAAGGAUUUUUAUUCUGGUGCUACAAAUGGCUCCUAUUCUACGCUUUACAGAUGCCUUAAUAUAUGCAAUCAAGUCGAGACAGGCAGCAAAGAAAAAGGAUCCAUCUUCACAGAGGAUGUACUAUUCAUUGAUGUUGAAAGAGGACUCUGAUGCUGCUCUAUUGAGAAUCUUUGAGUGCUUCCUAGAAGCAGCACCGCAGCAUGUUCUGCAAGCCAGUCUACUGCUGAGAGAAUAUGACCACCUUGAAAUUCAUCAAGCUCUGUCAAUAUUGUCAUCAGUGGUGGGGAUGGGUUGGUGCUUAGCAGCCUACCAGAGAGCAAUAAGGUAUGCUCAACAAGACAAGAAUAAUAUCACAUGGACAGGAACCAUUUUACAGACGCUCUGGCAUUUUUUGGUUACAUUGAGCCGAGUAAUAUCCAUAUCGAUGAUCGCAUACCUGUACCCACAUUGGACUAUCCUAGCAUGUUCAAUACACAUCCUCGUUAUGGUGACGUGGCUCCAAAUCUUCGACCGGUCCCCAUUCUGUGCAAACAACAAAAUUGGAGAUAUCGCCUUCUCUUUUGCACUCGGUGCUGUUUACCUCUUCACUUAUAUUCUACCAAUUGAAGGUAGAACAAGGUAUAGGUACACUGUCUAUUAUAUUCUAAGUUUCAUCCAAAAUUCAAUAUGUGCAGUAUUAUGGUAUACGUCGAGUUAUGAGAGAGAAUCCAAAUAUUUUUACCCCAUGCUCGUACUGAGCACUGUACCUUUUGUGAUUGGUAUUUGUUUUAUGUUGAUAUAUUAUGCUUUCUUCCAUCCCAAAUUGUCCAGAAGGGUGAGUGAGGCUCAAGUGACUUUUAAAGUAGAUAACAAUGUUAUGGAAAUAAGUUAACAGCACUUAUGUGUUUUAAAUCUAGAUAAUUUUUCUACUGAACCGAUACUCUUACUUAAAAAUAACAAAUUUUAUUUGGAUCUAGUUUUAUAAGAAUUUCCUGUGUUAAAAAUACUCAAAAGAAUCUCUACUUUACUAUUUUGGCAUUAUGAUUUUACCGCAACAAUAUUAUAGUGUAUACAAUUUGUGUUUUGGAAUGUGUUUUACUUAAUUUACAGAUGUAAUUGUAAGGUUAUACUUAAUAGUUUUAAGACACAUAAAAGACUGAUGUUAGAUAAUAGUUUUUAACUUGUGUCAUACAAGAGUAUUAAAAAUAUAUUGGAAACUAAUGUAGCUUCAAAAAGUAAUAUGCAUAGCACUAUAUUUCUU